CAAGAACUUGGCAAGAUCUGUGAAUAUGAUCAAUUGAACAUGCACAUAUAUAUGAUUUGAUAAUUCAUCUAAAUUUUUCAAUCACUCAUCUUUCUCUCUCUAUCUCUCUCUAUAUCUAUCUUGGCACUCACUCACUCCAUCCAGCUUGCCUUCUUCGCACUUAGAAUCCACCCUUUUCCGACUGAUUCACAUCGGCACGACAACAAAAACGUUCACCGGUUUCAACGCCGGGACCCUAGCCGCCGGCCCUUUUCCCACCCUUCUGCAAUGAGGAGGAGAUCGUCCUCCUCCGAGCUCCGUCUCUCCUUGUCCGUUCUAUUCCUUCUCAUAUCUCUACUACCCUUUUCUUCUUGGGCCCGCUCCCUCACUGUUUCAGAUUUGGAUCCAUUCGAUGCGCCCAAUGUUACUCACUCCACCAAUAGCUCUCAACAUAGCCCUAAAGAACAGAGUUUUGCCGACAUAAUUGAUCGAGCACUCGAGAAAGAGUUCACAGAGGGCGAUCAGAACGAAGUAAACGAAGUUGGCGGCUUCAAUAACAGUGUUACUGAGCAACAGGCGGUUUUGGAAACCGUAGCUAGAGUAAAGCCCAAGAAAAAUGACACCAAGGAGGAGACGUCAUUUCAACUUCAUCACGUCUUCAAUCUUGAUAGUGACAAUAGAGCAGAUGACACGCCAAUGUUGAUUGAUAGAAAGGACAAUGUCUUUAUCAUAUCAAGUUUCAAAUCAAAAUACCCAGUGCUUCAGUUAGAUUUGAGAUUGAUAUCCGACCUGGUGGUUGUAAUUGUCUCAGCAACUUGUGGAGGAAUUGCAUUUGCUUGUGCAGGACAGCCGGUUAUUACUGGUUACUUGCUUGCGGGAUCAAUUGUUGGACCAGGAGGUUUCAAUUUUGUGAGUGAAAUGGUUCAGGUUGAGACAGUGGCACAGUUUGGUGUCAUCUUCCUUCUUUUCGCUUUGGGGUUGGAGUUCUCUGCAACUAAGCUUCGAGCUGUCCGGGCUGUUGCUGUCUUGGGAGGCCUGCUUCAGGUUUUCCUGUUUAUGUGCUUAUGUGGAAUUACAGCUUCACUAUGUGGUGGUAAACCAUCAGAAGGAGUGUUUGUUGGUGCAUUCCUUUCCAUGUCUUCAACCGCUGUUGUGUUGAAGUUUUUGAUGGAAAGAAACAGUAUAAAUGCCCUUCAUGGUCAAGUAACAGUUGGUACCCUCAUUCUGCAGGAUUGUGCUGUGGGGUUGCUGUUUGCUUUGCUUCCAGUUCUGGGCGGUUCAUCAGGUUUACUACAAGGAGUUAUAUCCAUGACUAAAUCGUUGGUGCUGCUGUUAACAUUUCUGGCUGUUUUAUCAAUAUUGUCUCGGACUUGUGUACCCUGGUUCCUCAAGCUGAUGAUAAGCCUGUCAUCACAGACCAAUGAACUAUACCAGUUGGCAUCAGUUGCAUUCUGCCUACUUGUUGCAUGGUGUAGUGACAAGCUUGGUCUAAGUUUUGAACUGGGAUCCUUUGCUGCUGGAGUGAUGAUAGCCACAACUGAUCUUGGUCAACACACGCUUGAGCAAGUAGAACCCAUAAGGAAUUUCUUUGCUGCUCUUUUUCUGGCUAGUAUCGGAAUGCUGAUCCAUGUUCAAUUCCUGUGGAACCAUGUGGAUAUUCUAGUAGCAUCUGUUAUUUUAGUGAUCAUUGUAAAAACGCUCAUCAUUACUGUUGUUGUCAAAGGGUUUGGCUACAGCAACAAAACGGCAUUUCUGGUUGGAAUGUCCUUGGCACAAAUAGGGGAGUUUGCUUUUGUUCUUCUUAGUCGCGCUUCCAAUCUUCAUCUUGUUGAGGGCAAAGUUUAUUUGCUUCUUCUUGGGACAACAGCGCUUAGUCUGGUGACUACACCAUUGCUCUUCAAGCUAAUACCUGCUGUAGUGCAUCUCGGUGUGCUAUUGCGGUGGUUCGCCCCUGACAGCCACAUUGAGAUGGGAUAUAAAGGUGAUAACUUGCGAUCAGAGAGCGCAAAACAGCGGCUUGCCUUGAUCUCAAAAGAUCUCUCAAUUCAUGAAGUAAACCUAUCAAAAUAAAGAUGCCCCUCACACACUCCUACUGCUUGACUUCACAAGAAUUCAUCGGUUUGAUCAAACACGGGUUCAAAACAGGUUCUGAAACAUCAAAAUCAAGUAUAGCGUACUGCUAAUCUAACACAUGAAUCUUUUUUUUUUUUUUUCUUUUUAAUUUUUAUUAUUAUUAUUAUUCAUUUGGUGUGGUAUGCACGCUAUUCCUUGUUUGGCAAAUGGUUUUCCCUCAUGGCCACUCAUUUCUUAAAAUGUAUAAUAGUUCCAUUAAUGUAAUGUAAAUUGCGUUGUAGUUGCUGAUCUUUAUUUUUCCAAACA